GCUAUUCCAAAAUAUACACAUCCUUUCUCUCAUUCAGCCUCUGAUUUUCUAGUCAACAAGAGCAAAAAUGGCGGAUACAGCUAGAACCCAUCACGACAUCAUCGGCCGAGACCAGUACCCGAUGGUGGGCCGAGACCGAGACCAGUACCGAGACCAGUACGGCCAGUACCAGAUGUCAAACCGAGACUACUCCAAGUCUAGGCAGAUUGCUAAAGCUGCCACCGCAGUCACGGCUGGUGGAUCCCUCCUUGUCCUCUCCAGCCUUACUCUCGUUGGAACCGUCAUAGCUUUGACGGUUGCUACUCCUCUGCUCGUCAUCUUUAGCCCAAUCCUCGUCCCUGCUCUCAUCACCGUUGCACUUCUUAUCACCGGCUUUCUCUCCUCUGGUGGCUUUGGCAUCGCCGCUAUAACAGUUUUCUCUUGGAUCUACAAGUACGCAACGGGAGAGCACCCACAGGGGUCAGAUAGGCUGGACAGUGCGAGGAUGAAGCUGGGAAGCAAAGCUCAGGAUCUUAAAGACAGAGCUCAGUACUACGGACAACAUACAGGUGGUGAACAUGACCGUGACCGCACCCGUGGCCAGCAGACGACUACUUAAAAGUAGUCCAUGAUCACAGUCCAAUAAUGCCGAUGUCGGUAAGUCCAGUUUAUGAGAAAUAAGGUGUUUAGUAAUUUGAUCAGGGGGAAGCCGAUAUCACGAGUUUUUUUUUUUCUUUCUUUCUUUUUGUUAUGAAUAAUAAGUGUGUGUUUCUCUUGUCAAAAGGUACCAAUGUUUUUUAUGUCUCUUUUAUUGUAAUUUGUAAACGUUGUGUUGUACUUUCUUUCCCUCGUAUGUAAGUGGUAACGUUUAUAUAGACAAAUGGUCUUGUUUUGUGAAACU